GUAGGUUGAGAAUGUAUCUAGCUAUAUAGCACGUUGGCAUUUUAGGACUGACAGUGCUACAGUGGCAGAAUCGGCAUCCUGUUUCUCUCGUCUCCCCAAUCAAGCUCAAGGACCAAAUGUCUCUAGUCCCCAGGAAGAUAGCGAACGGAUGGUUAUCCGCGCUACAAUUGACAGCCAAGCAAGUGCAAGCGGCCUUUAUCAGCGGCCUGGGUAUAAUACCAUGCACCAUACAUAGCUCCCUGUGCGGGCGCGGAGCGUUCUGGUCCACCUCAAUACAUUCAGAUCUAUCUGAUGGCAAUGAGUCCCGAGCCCACUUUCAAGGAGCAAACAUGACAUUGCGUAGAGGGAUGCAGCACGAUGCUGUUGGGGAUCAAAUCGAAAUUUGUCCGGUGGCACGCCAUGACUCGCAUGAUUUGCACUGCUCUCAGGACCACCUUCGAUAAGCACUGACGGUACGUGAGGCAAGCUGACGAAAAGGGGCCGGUGAUGA